UUUCAUAAAAGAGUAUUCUACUUCCGGUUAUAACUUUGCGAGGUGGUUUUAGUUGUACUCCAUUGUUAUUCAUUAUGCCACGAGAAAUCAAGGAAAUCAAAGACUUCCUCCUAAAGGCUAGAAGGAAAGAUGCAAAGUCUGUGAAAAUUAAGAAGAAUACUGACAAUGUUAAGUUCAAGGUUCGAUGUUCACGAUUUUUAUACACUCUUGUCAUUACCGACAAAGAAAAGGCAGAAAAAUUGAAGCAAUCUUUACCUCCAGGUCUUCAAGUAAAGGAAGUGAAAAGAAGUGAACGUAUGUAAUUGAUAAAAUAAACUAAAUUCUUAAACA